GCGAUUUAAUCACCUUCUCAACUUAGUGUAUUAGUUCCUGAUGGGAAAUAAAGCUUCUACCGCCAGAAAACUUCAGCUGGAAGUUAGCCACAAGUCCGAUUCAUUUGUACGGUCCAAGGUUAACCAGCUUCCUUCGAGCGAACUAAAACAGAAGUUUAUCGACCAACAGCAAGGUCCUAAACCAAAUGUUCCACAAGUUGAAGGGAAAGAUGGAUUUGAUCCCCAAAUGACUCGACAAGAGUCCCGAGAUUUCAUCGACACCAUAACCAGUUUAGGCCGAGUAAUCGAGUCUAGUUCAGAUGUUCCUCACAAGCAAGAUUCGGUUUCUAUUGAUCAGUUGAAAAAUCGUAAGAAAUUGGAGACCUCUACACAAGAAUUCAGUGCCCAGCAGUUGACGGCCCUUCUAAACGAGAUCCAUGACUUGCGGUACACUAAGGAGCAAGUUCUCAAGGACUAUGACUUGAGUGAUAGUUGGCUUCUAACUUUGAAUCGAUUCAAAGUAGCUAACACCUAUAAAGAAUUCAAAGAACACAAGAAAGACGAGAUCACUCACCACGGGAUUUUUGAGGAUAAGACGCUCAUCGAUGAAGAACUACUUCGAGAGAGCAGGCUAUCAGACGAGUCAUCGGCCAAAGCCUUGGAAGACAGAAUUAGUGUGGAUAAAUGAAAAACAUACAGUUUCUUCUAAACACAUGACUUCAUGGAGCUAAAAUUCCAUAUUUACUGCUGGUCUUGUUGCACAGAUAUCUCUGAAAAGUUGUAAUAAUCUCUGAACUUAUUCCCACCUUCUUGUAAAUAGAUAUAUAUAUAUAUAAUCCACCAAUAAUACUCAAUAUUGUGAAUAAUGUCCGAUGACCCGAAACUGUGAGAAAUGUUCAAGUUCAACUCACACAGUGUUUUCUUUGACAAACCACAGUCGCAAUGGAUAAGCUCCUUAAGUACAGUAUUUGUGAUAUUUCGGAUGCAUUGGUGAAGUAUGGGGUCAAAGAUGGAGGCUUCUUGCCCAAUUUAACAAUGCAAAGUUCUGUGAACUCCACGGUCAUAGGGAAAGCCUACACCGUAUUAUAUGCUCCCAAGUCUGAUCCAAGGCCGGAGGUUUCCGCCAGUUACAUUGACCAGUUGCCUGCCAACAGCGUAUUGAUAAUGGGCCUUCCUCCUAGUCUCCAGAUGGUCAAUGCUCCUUACACCAAGGUGAAUAAUGCCUUGUAUGGGGGUCUAAUGUCUACCAGAGCACUGUAUUUGAAGUGCCGGGGCUCAAUAAUUUUAGGAAGAGUAAGAGACUUGGAUGAGCACAAUGCGUUGGAGUAUCCAGUUUGGUCCUACGCUGUAGGCUCAUCAGCUCCAGGUCCAGUUUUGAAAGUAGUGGGAAUUAACGUUCCUAUUGAGGUGAAAGUUCACUCAAUAGACAAUGAAUACGACAUUAAAGUGGUUGAGCCUAACGAUAUCUUGAUGGGUGAUAACAGUGGUAUAGUUAUAAUCAAGGAGAGCUUGUUGGCAGAUGUGGUGGGGUAUGUUCCAAAAAGAGUGGAAGCGGACCAAAACGUUGCUAAUGAUAUCAAGAAUGGUAGACCGGCCA